AAAUUAUUUUUUUACCAUUAUUAUUUUUUUUUUUUACAAUUGUUAUGUUAUACAAUAAAUGUAGGGAAUUACUUUUGUUUACAAUUUGUUUAUAUUAAAUUAAUUAUGCGUUAUAAGUCAAUAGUUUUAAUUCCGUUUCUGUUUAACCAUCACUGGACGCAUUAGAACAUUUGUUCUCAUUCCAUUAUUUUAUUUUGUUUUUGCUUAAUUUAGACAUUUAUUGCCCAAUCAUUUAUUCUUUAAUAUAAAAUAUAAAUGAUACAGUUUUUAUAUAUUGCUUUUAAUUGUGAUCUGGAUGCUCUAUGUGAUUAUGUGAAUCAAAUAAAACUUAUUUAUACUUAUGGUAAACGUAAUUGGUCUAUUUGCAAUUUAAUUGUUAAAACAAAAAGGCCUUAACAUACCAUGUCUGAAGUAGUUUCAUAUACACCCGUGAAAAAGGAAUUUGAUGUAUCAUCUGGAAACAAUAAUGAUAAUUCAAACAAUAAUUUUGAAGAAAACGGGGACAUUGAAAAUGAUCAAUCUAAUUCUAAUUAUGACACAGUCUCAGAUUGUGGAACUUCUGUUCACCGAUGUGAUAGAUGUGAUAACUAUGAAACUUUAAAUGAAACAAGUUUAAUAUCACACUUGGCAACAUGUCAAGGAAUAGAAAGUAAUAAUGAGAAUGAUUUACAAACAAAUCGUAAAUUAUUUGAAUGUGAUAUAUGCAAUAUGAAAUUUUCAAAUGGUGCUAAUAUGAGAAGACAUAAAAUGAGACACACAGGAGUUAAACCUUAUGAAUGUAAAAUUUGUCAAAAGCGUUUUUUUAGAAAAGAUCAUUUAGCUGAACAUUUUACAACACAUACAAAAUCAUUACCAUUUCAUUGUCCAAUAUGCAAUAGAGGAUUUCAACGUCAAAUUGCAAUGAGAGCACAUUUCCAAAAUGAACAUGUUGGUCAACAUGAUAUGGUUAAAUCAUGCCCAUUAUGUAAUUUUAGAGCUAGUUCAAUGAAAAGUUUAAGAGUUCAUUUUUUUAACCGACAUGGAAUUGACCUAGAUAACCCGGGUGUUAAUGUGAUAAAUUCUACUUUAACAAACCACAUACCUAUUGAAUACAAUAGUGGAAAUGUGAGUACUAGUGGAGCUUGUAGUGACAGUGGUGAUUCAAUUGGAGGAAGUCGUUCGGAAAGUAAUGCAACCCCACCAAUGCAUUUUCUUACACCCCAUGUUGAAAUAUCAAUGACAGAACCCAAUCCUACAGAAUGCUCAUCUUUUUCCUCUUCUCAAGUUAAUGACAAUAAUGUAAAAACGGAACCUAUUCAAAAUUUAAAUAAUGAUGAUGCUUCACAAGAUAAUGAAUGUCCAAAUUCUCCACAGUCAACAGAUUCAAACUCUAAUAUGUCUACAUUACCAAUAUUAGCAGGAAAUAAUCGACAAGAAGGUGAAGUAAGUACAAUCACACCAUCUGUUUCUCUCAUUCCAAUAAAACAAGAACAAGGAGAUGAACAUUUAAGAAAAAAUAGUUCAAAUAAUGUCCAAAAUGGAGAAACUGAGUCUGGACGUUUUCAGCCAGCAUCAAGUUUAUCAUCAUUAAUCAAAGUAUCACCUCUAAAAUCAUUGUUGCGUGAUGAAUUUAAACGUAACAUAAAUAUGAAUACCCCUGAAUUAUCUCAGCCUCAUAACACAGAUCCUGGUAUUUGGAGGUACAUAGCAUUUCAAAAAACAUUACAAUGUUCCUUUUGCGGUAUUACAUUUCCAGACCAAACACUUUACUUUCUUCACAAGGGGUGUCAUUCUGAAACAAACCCAUGGAAAUGCAAUAUUUGUGGAGAACAAUGUGGUAAUGUGUAUGAAUUUAACUCUCAUUUAUUAAGUAAAACCCAUCAAUAACUUUUAUACAUUAUUUAUUUCCAAAGAAAAUUUAUUCAUAUCAUCUAUAAUGUAAUGUUUUAGUACUUUAAUUAACAAUGAAUCUAAUUAGUAAUAAGUGAUAACUAAAUUAAAAUACUUCUAAAUAUAUGCUACAAUAUUAUAUUAUCUCUAAUAAGAUGUAUACAACAUUCACAAUAUUUUUGAUUCAUUGGUUUUGCCAAUUUAGUAUUUGAAAAAAAUAAAUUUUUAUUAUAAGAGUAAAAAAUACAAAUUUUUAUAUUCAAUUUUAAUUUACCUACCUAUUUGAUUUACAAACUAAUAAAAUUAAAUAUAACACAAAUUAUGAUUCUCUAUUAUAAAUAUACGACUGAUAGUCUUUAUUCAUCUUCUUGUAUGGUACCUAUUUAUAUUUGUUUAUCAACAAUUGAAUAUAGUAUUAAUUACAUACCUAUCAAAUCAAACCAAACAAAAUACCAUAAUGUAUUGGGACAUUAUCAUGAUUUUAAAAUAUAUAUCGUUGACAGUUUAUUAAUUUAAUUAAUGUAUUUAUUUAAAUUUCCUUCAAGCACAAAUAUUUCAAAUGUAUUUUUUAUUUUAUUCACCUAAAUAAAGUAUUAAAAAUAUAGAUCAAGAUGGUCUAGUGCACAGGUGUGGUAAUUGACAUUUAACAAAUUGUUCAGUACAGGCAUUUGAAAGUUUACACAUCAAUAAAAAUUGUAAAUGCCCAAUUUUUGGUUGAAUUCAAUAGAGUUGUAUAAUAGUCAUCUAGUCUUUACUAUAAUUAUGUCUUUUAACAUGUUUUAACUUAACAAUUACAUGAAUAAUACUAGGUUUUAUAAAACCCAUAGGUAUAUACCACUAUAAUUGAUCAUUGAUAACAGAAACCACAUUAAUACAAAUGUGGUAAGUGAGCACUUGCCACAUUUGUGCUAGCAAUAUUAUUUCAUUGUUUAUUUUGUUGUCACUUACCUUUGUUUUAAGUGACUAUACCACAUUUGAACACGGUACUUUUUUCAAGCCCAGUACUUAUUUCAAACAACAAUGCCAUCUGUCGGAUAAAAUAUAAAAUAUACAUAUACAACAUUACCACACACAUUAGCACUUACCACAUCUGUGCACUAGACCAUCUAAUACCAUCUACCAUUACUACUUAGUAGUGGAUUGGUAAUAAAAAUGAAAUAAUUUAAUAUUUUGAAUAAUUUUGAAUUGAGAAUUUUAUUUCUAAGUACAUAAAAAUAUGGAAAAAAUUUAGGCGGCAUUUACCACUUUUUUAUAAUAAAUACAUUAUUUAAUGAUUUUGUUAAAAUACUGUUACUGUAGAUGUGCACUGUUACUGUAAAGUAUAUUUACUGAAAAUAAGUUAUAUGAGUUAUCUAAAUAAUUAAUUGCAAGUACAAAACAAUAAUUAUUUUAUUUCGUUGAGUUAUACAAUUUUCCGUCCGAACAACCUUGUCAAUAAUUUUUAACAUUAACUGUAUUCUAAAAUAAAAUAACUAAAACUAUAUUUACAUUAUAUAUUUUUGGGAAAAUUAUGAAAAACAUAUUUUUAGAAAAUUUUUUUAAAAAAGCCAUAAAAAAACCUACUAUUCGUGAUAUAAUUAUUGUGUACUAAUUUUUGUAAUUAUUUAUUUGUUUGCAUUAAUCUGAAAAUUAAUUGGAAUGAAUAAAUAAUUAUUUUGUAAUGGUUUCUAAUUGGGUCGUUUGUUACAGAUUGUGGAAUAGACCAUUGGCACAAAUAGGAGGGGGCUAGAGGGCCUUGGUCUCCCCAAUUCAAAAGUCAGUACUUAGUACUACGCAUAUAUCAUUGUAGGAGAAAAUACUAGAAAAUAUUAGAGGGAGAGAUUUAGCCCCCCUCCCCAAAAAAAAAAAAAAAAUUAGGCUAUUUGCACCUAUGGUAGGUAUAGACUAAACAACAUUUAUACAUUUAUCAAUUUAUCUUACAUUUUAUCUAAUAUAAUUUACCACUUACACAUCUGCCACCUC